AAUACAAACGAAGAAUAUAAAAACAAAACCAAAAUUUACACAUCUUUAAUAAAAAUAUAUCUGAACAACGAACAGAUAAAAUAAAAACUACAACACACAAAAGAUCAACACACGAUAAAUGCAUUAAAAAAAUAUAUAAAGUUUAUUGUGGUUGUCGUCGUCAAGCGACACAUUUUCAUGCGCCGCGAUUUGAUUCGAUUUACAAACAACACCACUAUUACAGUUUUUUGCAUGAUUUUUGUUUUUAAAUUUUAAAAUAUUACUGUUAAAUUUUGUGCACAUAAAACACGAUCUGCAACAGCAACAGCAUCAAAUACAGAUACAUCAAUACCAACCAUACAAAUACCACGAUCAAGCUGUUACGCGGCGCUACAGUGUAUUUUAUAUAUGUGUAGUAAUUUGAUGCAACAACAGAAAAAAAAAAUCUAACUGAAACCGGAGAGUAGUCAGCUAGAGUGGACAGCGCAGAUACAUGGUUUGAAACUCUUCCUCAUUACAAUAGCGAUUGUCGCUUCGUUGUCUUCUUCUCCGUCUUCUUUUUGUUGUCCGAUUUAACACGAUUGAAACAAUUCGGAAGUGAUUCGAGCAAAAUUGAAACAAAGAAUUAAGUAAUAUAAUUAUUUAAUAUAUAUAUAUAUAUAUUUCGAAGAGCCGUAGCCGUUGUCGAUAUAUCGUCUGAAUGCCAUCGGAAGACAGUUGGAACGACAUGAUGUCGGAUUCAGAGAUGAUGGAUUCGAAAAAUGACAUAUGCGGCACAUCAAAUUCAAAUUCAGCAUCAACAUCAUCACGAACACCACCAAAUUGUGCUCGAUGUCGAAAUCAUGGCGAUAAAGUUGAAUUAAAAGGCCAUAAACGAUAUUGCAAAUACCGUUAUUGUAAUUGUGACAAAUGCAAUUUGACGGCCGAACGACAACGUGUGAUGGCACUGCAAACAGCAUUGCGUCGUGCUCAAGCACAAGAUGAAGCGCGCGCAAUGCAAUUGGGAUAUGAUAUGGAUCCAAAAGUUCGAACAACGAUUCCACAGCCAAUUCCAACCGCUCUCAGCGUUCAAUAUGCAUUCAGCAGUUUGAAAUCAAACAGCAAAAAAGAUGACACACAUUUUCAACAAUCACCACCGCCACCAUCAGCUCCGCAAAAUUCACAGCCAGCGGUAUCUGUAACAGCAGCUGCAGCGGCGGCCGCUGCAGCCGCUGCUGCCGCAGUUAAUCGAUCUCUGGAAGAUUCUCAAUGUGACUCAUCGUCUGCCACAACAACAUCAUCGGCUGGCAUUGUCAUACCUAUUCCGAUGCAACGCAAAAUUGGACCAUUACAUCCACCUGUUAGCAGUCACACAGUUCCACCGACUACUGUCGAUAAUGCGGAUAUGCUGUUAGAAAAAAGUCAAAAAAUGAUCGAAAGAUUUAACUAUCCAUGGGAAAUGAUGCCAUUACUCUAUGUAAUCCUAAAAUAUGCGAACGGUGAUCUCGAAGAGGCAACAAAUCAACUUAGCGAAGCCCGAAAUACGGUCCAUCGAUCAGCAUAUCAUAAAUUGCUCUUCGACAGCUAUAUGCGAAUGAUAUCGAACGAUGCACCCACAUACAUCGGUUCCAGUCCGUCACCGUUAAUCAUGUCAAAUCAGUUUGAUUUCAUUUCGGAUCGUCGUUGCCGAUCAAAGUCCCCACCGCCACGUUUGCCAUCGUCACUAACAUUUGGAAAGCUAGAUUAUCUGUAUAAUGGUGCUGCUCACAACUUGCAGUAUGCGAAAAAAUUGCGAAAUCGCUGUGAUCAAAUGUCAACGUAGCCGAACAAUUAGGGGAAUAUCCAUCAUAUUUCUUUUUUUUUUCAAUGUUAAACAAUAAUAAUAAUAUCUUUGUAUGUGAACGUGUAUUUUGAUGAAGCUCCAGCCAACUUCCAUGGUUUCGUUGAAUUUUAAUGAAAAUAAAAAUGCUAACUUAACGUAGAAAACCCAAGAUAUGUUUCAUAUUUCAUUGUACAAAACAAAACAGAAAAAAAUAACGAAAAAAAUUGUUUAAAUAAAAAUAAAAAAUACAUAAAGUGAAUCAAAUAUUAGUAUGUCGCACUAAAUUGAUAGCAAACAGAAUGAAAAACUCAUAAAUGUAACUUAAAAUCAGAAUAUCGUAUACAGUACACACAUACACAAAACUAUUUCAUUUUAUUCUACAAUUUUAUUUUAAAUUGAGCUUCGACACAAAAUGUAACACCACAUAAAAAUCAAUUCAAUAUUUAUCAAUAUGCUGGGCAAUUCAUCGAUUUAAUUUAACUAUAGAAGUUACGCAAAAAUGAAAAAAAAAAACUAAUUAUGAAAAUAGUUCAUUAUGCUUUUUUCUUCCCCUUUUAUUCUGAAUGAUCUUUUGAAGAACAAAUAAAAAAAAGAUCUAUUGUUUUCAAUAAUGAAUUGCUAUUGAUUAUAAUCUUGAACAUAUCUGCAACAUAUAAUAUGUGAGCAGAAAGCGGCAAAGUAAAUCUACAUUUUAAUGAAGCAAAAUGCGCUAAAACUUUAUAAUUAUAAUCAUAAAUUUAAUGGCUUUUCUUUGGUCAUACAAACAGAUAUAAUGAAACUGGGUGCAAAUAAGGAAAUAAAAUGUUCAAAAUUAACCAAGUUAAAGGAACGUCGAACGUAAGAUUGAUCUCUUUUAACAUGAAUGUCCACAAAUUACACCGAAAUACUGCGGAAUGAAUUUUUCUUCUUCUUUGGAAUAUGGUGCUCCUUGAUCCAUUUUGUAUUCACAUUUCGGCUCUUAUGGUUACGUCCAAAACAGAUGAAAAAUGAGAAUAAGAAAUUACAUGAAUUUAUGAUAAAAAACUAGAUAAACAGUUAUUUAAAAACAACAAAAAAGAUGUGUAACAUUGUAAGUGACAGUGGAAAAUAUACAAUUUAAUAUAGCCAAAACAAUACUUCGUAAACAAAAAAAAAAUAAUAGUAUAAAUUUAGAAUGUUUUAUCUGAUAAUUGAAUAAUUGCAAUGAAAAUGCAAAUGAAUAAAAAACACAAAAAUAAUAAUAAUAAUAAUAGUAAUUAUGAUAACAAUAAUAAAUGUAAUAAUCAUAAUCUUCACAGAAAAUCGAUCAUUCACACUAAACAAAAUACCCAAAAAUUUAACAGUUAUGAGUUGUUUAAAUGAGAUAAAUAUGUCUCCAUUGUCAUUAUUGGCAUUGCUUAUUUUGACUGAAACUAAGACAUUUUCAGCAUUUGCCGAUAUAUAUAUUUAUUAGAUGAGAAACGAUAAACUGUCAAAGACUGCAGUCUUUCCAUCCGAAAUAUCAAACGGAACCAUAGACUGAAGCGAAUCGAACAUGGAUGUCUAACAAGUUUUUGCUUUCACUUUAAAUUAAAAAAAGAACAUGAUUAUUAUAUGUAAACGAAUUCAAUUAGACGAAAUAGCCGAAGACUAUGUGCUUGUACCACAUAAAUAUUGCAAAUCAUGCAAAAGCACCAGAUAUUUAGAUAUAUAAGUACAGUGUGUCCGGUUAUAUCUUUCAAACUUGAAAGUUUUAUGUUUAAACACAGUCAUUCUCAAGAAAUGGUACUCUUAGCAUAGUAUAGUUUUUAUUCAUAUUUUAACGUUUGUAAAUUUAGUCUGAUUUUUUUGGGAUAAUUUUACAAAACUGUGUUUUGUAAAUUUACUCUGACUUUUUGAGGUAUUUUUACAUAUUUUGUAAACAAUUUUGUAAAAUUACCUCAAAAAUAUAGCGCAGUAUGCGUUGACAAAAUAUGAAAAACACAUGUUGUAAACGGUUUUGUAAAAUGACCACAAAAAAAUCAGAGUAAAUUUACAAACGUUAAAAUAUGAAGAAAAACUUUUACUCUGCUGAGAGCACCAUCUCUUGAGAAUAGGUGUAUUUAACAUGAAACUUUCAAAUUGAUGAGAGAGAUAUAAUUGGACUCACUGUACAGAAACAGGCACAAAUGCAUACACAGAACUGAAUGCAAGUUCAGGUGUUUCCAUCGUUCGUAAUGAAUAUAACACUUAAAAUUCAAAUAUAUUCUUUUUUUUUUUUCUUUUUGAUCUUUAUGGCUAAAGAAAUCAUAAAAUGUCUUUUGAAAAAAAUAAAUAAAGAACAAUAAUCAAGAAUUAGAUGGUUUCUUGUCCGAUCCAUUUAAAUUAUACAUAAAUGGGCAAGUUCAAUCGAAUUCUGGCUUUUCAAAUACAUUUGCAAAAUAAAUGUCAUUCAUUUUAAUGCACUUCAGAUCGCAAUAAAAAUAAACUUAUUUCGUUUUGUUUUCCUUUUCUCGAAAGGACAAAAAAAUUUGAAUUGGGAAUUAAGAAUACGCACAAACAAAAUAUGCAGACACAUUUAUCGGUUAGCAUUGCGUAAUGAACGACUGUUAUCAAAGCGAAAAUUGUUUGACUCAAUAUUGAAAUCAACUGUUCGGAGGCGCUUAAUUGGCUGGCGAUAAAAACAUAAUUAAAUUCCAUUUUUUUAAGAAAAAAAAAAUACUCGUAAAAUUGCGAUUGAAUAUUACACUAUCGGCUAAAAAUGAAUUGACAAGCAGAAAAAAAAUUGAAAUUUUAAUAAUUUAGCCUUUCAUUCGAUCCUUCGUGGAAAUUAAAAAAUUCAAAAGUGAUAUUUUUUAUGAAUUCGAAAAUUCGUCUAAAUUUUUUUUAUAUAUAGAACUUUUUAUGAAAAUACGAAAACCAAAAAUUUACUAGCCUCAUACGUAAACGCGCUCUGCUAAUCGUUUUUCUGUUUAGGCAGUGCUAAACACCAAUUGGCAUUACAAAAUUUUGAUACAAAAAAAAUACUAUAUUUUUGAUAUGAUUCUCUUUAGGUUACAAAAUCGGACUUACAAAAAAAAAACUUUAAGACAAUGUUUUCGGUCACAAAAUUACUGCUAUUCCUUUUUACGGUGUCUUAUAAUCUAUACAUACAUUGAAUGCGAAAAAAAAAAUUCGAAGAAAAAAACCCAUCGCUAAGAGAUAAGUUUGACAAAUUGAAAUGAACAGUAAUUAUGAAAAAAUGAAAAAAAAAAAAACAUUUAUUGCGAUUUGCGGUGGAAUUUGCUUGAAAAAUAAUAAUAUGAAAUGAAUCAACAUUAAUAUGCAUAAUUUUUAAGAAAACUUUGUCAAAAUGAAAGCAUCGAAUAAUUUCGGUCUCGUUUUCAAAUGAAUUGAUCAUUUUCGGACACUAUUUUGAAAGAGAAGACAAAUAGAAUAAUCGCUUUUUACAAUCUCAAUGUAAAUAACCUACUUGGUUGAUCCCAUUGAUCGUUGCCUACAAUGGUAAUUAAAACAAAAACCGGUUGAUUUUAAGAAAAACAAAGAAAAACUCUUGCCGAAUGGAUAAAAUCCGCGAAAUUGUGUCGAUUGAUUUCGAAUUUAGAAAAUAUGAAUAUUUAAAAGAAAAACGCAAUUUUACUUGCGAAAAAAGAGGCGAAGAAUUGAAUUUUCAGUAAUUUGAUUUGAAAUGCAGUUGAAAACAUACUUCGAUACGGAUAAGACAGAAAAAUGCAUUUUCCAAUAAGUUUUUUUUUUGUUGUAAUCAUAAAACUUAACAAUGAAAAUCUUAGAGAAAUCCAUGUGACACAUACUUUCUUAUAACUGCAUUCAUGUUGUAUAGCAAAUGCUUUUCUCACUUUGAAUAUACAUAGAAAACAACAUAGGCAAAGAGAAGCGUUUAAAAUAUGUAUGUUGACUUGAAAUGUUCAAAUGUUGUGAAAAUCAUUUCAAUAUUUUUGUGACCAUUUUCGUUGUGGUUCAAAAAGUAUUGGAAAUAAAAGAAAAGAUUGAAAAUCACCAUUAUUAGAGAUCCAUUGAUGAAAGAGACACAUUCGCCAAAUGGUCUCCAUGCGCACAUGAUGGGCAUCUGAUUUAUAUCGCAACGGGUAUUGUAAUCGAAACAAGGAAAUAAAUAAAAAAAAA